AUGCCUCUAGUACAACCGAAAGCGGAGCCUCACGAGCAGUUCCGCAAUAUGCCCAUCGUUUCUCCCGCACCCACACCUUCCGAGCCCAUUACUGAGUUGCCCCAAAGCCCGCCGGUGAUUCUGCCCGAGGAGAGGAGGAAGUUGCCCAUUCACGAUAAGUUGCCCAACGUCAGGUGUAUUGCAAGAGCCAGGAUUCCCACUGUCCAAGGACCAGAAAUCUUUCUACAUUUGUACGAGAAUGACGUGGACAACAAGGAGCACUUGGCCAUAGUGUUUGGCGAGGAUAUACGGUCCAAGACACUCUUUAGAAGAAGAGAGGGUGAGACACAGCAGGACAGAAUGACCCGAGGCGCCUAUGUGGGGAAGUUGUUUCCUGGCAGAGACAACGCCGACAAAGACGAGAGACUUGGGUUGGAGUUGCAUUUUGAUGAGAAUGGGGAGUUGCUCAGAGAACCGGAAACGACGUUUGACGGACAAGUGAUGGCGAGAAUCCAUUCUGAGUGCUACACGGGGGAGACGGCGUGGUCUGCUCGUUGUGAUUGUGGAGAGCAGUUCAACGAGGCCGGUCGGCUUCUAGGUGAAAACGGGCACGGGUGCAUAGUCUACUUGAGACAAGAAGGGCGUGGCAUAGGGCUCGGGGAGAAGUUGAAGGCUUAUAAUCUCCAGGACUUGGGCGCAGACACCGUCCAGGCCAACUUGCUCUUGCGGCACCCGGCAGAUGGGAGACUGUUUUCGUUGGCCACAGCAAUCCUUGUGGAUUUGAACCUUUUGGAGAUUAAGCUCUUGACAAAUAACCCAGAUAAAAUUAUUGCCGUGGAGGGCAUGAACCAGGAUGUCAAAGUCGUGGAGAGAAUUCCAAUGGUGCCAUUGGCAUGGAGAUCUAAGGAAGGAAUCAAAUCCAAAGAGAUCGAGGGUUACCUCAGCGCAAAGAUUGAACGAAUGGGUCACUUGCUAGAAAAGCCAAUUAGAAUAUAG